AUGAACAAAACUCACCCUCAGAGAAAUGGUGAUGUAACUACAUGGGCUUUGACGGAGUCUCUCUCUGAAGGAAAAGGAUGCUGCCGGCCAUGCAGUGCCCGGACAGGCUGCACACAGAGGUGUGUCUGCAUCUCUGCUGGGGCACUGCUCAUCCUCGCUGCCAUCGUGGCCUUGGCAGUGGCACUGGGGCUCCGGCCAUGGGCACCAGUGACCCGCUUUUGUGCAGCCUCCAACAACCGGACAGGCUUCUUGUGUGAUGACAGAGCUGCCUGCAUCCCUGCCAGCCAGGUCUGUGACAGAGCCAGCAACUGCAGGAACGGGGAGGAUGAGCAGGAGAUGCUCUGUGGUGACUGGCCCCACAGCCUGCCGGGAUACCUGGUUUUCCGCUGCAGUAACUCCAAGUACUGGAUCUAUGCCGACAAGAGGUGUAAUGGGAUGAAUGACUGUGGAGACUGCUCGGAUGAGAUGGGGAGCUCAGCUGCCUGCCCCCUGUGCGGGUCGGAUUGGUGGAGCUGCAGCCCUGUGCUCUAUGAGUACUGCUCCUGCAUCCCCCGGAGGCUGUGUCGGGAUGGCAUCCAGCACUGCCAGGACUGGUCCGAUGAGUACGUCUGCACACCAUGA